AUGUCUGCGGUGGCUGCGACUCCGCUACAUCAAGCCCCACGAGGCCCUCGCCGUUCAGGGAGGAAGCUCCGACUGUCAGACGCUAUCGACGGUGCUCCAGCUCCUGCUGCCUCAGUUGCGGGAACUCAACGCAACCCCUCCCCCACUAUGGGAAGUACAACAAAGAACAACAAUAAAGGCCCCAAUCGCAAACCUGCACAGGUCAAUAACAAGUCACAAAUAGAAGGGAAACAUGGCAUUCAAUCGGAAAAGACAAAAGCAACACCCACACCAAUGAAACCAGCCGCCUACGCCGGAUCUGCUUUCCAGCAAUCCCCGGCCCCUUCGGCUCUCCCUUUUCCAAGCUUCUACUCAAAAUCCCUACCCACGGUGAGCUCUGCGUUGCCACAGCCUCCCAACUCAGCAUACACCAGCUCCCAUGACUCCUCAGCCACACCAGGUGAUGAAUCGCCCAGCAAGCGAGAAUCCACUCCAUGUGAUUUCCUCUUCGAGGCCGCUCGACAGGCGAGAGCCACUCCUCGGGGUGAGAGCCCUGCUACACGUUCUGGUAAUCUCUCGGUCGCGAAUGGAAGCCCCACUUCCCAGUCACCAGCACCCAAAGAGGGAGAUCCCAUGUUCCCCUUCGAGCUGGAAGGUGGCAACCCUGGAGAAGAUGGAUCUGCAUUCGCUACACCCUACAAAGAUCGCAUUGAGGCUUUGCGGUCCACAAAGUCGACUUCGGCAGGGGGUAGAACCAUGGACGAGAAUGAGCGGAAAGCAAAAUCGGAGGCGUUGAAGAAGUUACUGAUGAAGUCGAGCAAUCGAGAAAACGGCAUCGACAAUGAUUCUGUCAUCAACACCACCAAUCCUUUCAAUGCCAGGGCCCCAUAUUCCACGAGUCCUCCCUUCAUACAGGGCCAGGUUCGCUCCAGCUCAAACCCUGGCACACCACUGUACAUGCAGGAAAAUGCUGCAUAUCAUUCUCCGCAGAGUUUCACUCCAGCAGGUUACCCAUUCCCCGCUGUCCAGAUGCAUACUCCCAAACGAACGAACUCUUCACGGCUUAGACAUGUUUAUGGAGCACAGAGUGAACCCGAGUACGCCGAAUUGUCGUCAGAUAGUGCAAUAACACCACCGAUAUCUUCGCGAAAACACACACCCCGACAACAACCGCAGUAUACUACAGGGCCAUACACAAGCCAGCCGCAGAUGCCGAUUCAUCGAUCUAAGCCUAGUGCGCAACAACUGGAGGAUGAUUUGAGAAGGGUGCUGAAGCUUGACCUCACGUCUCGAGGAUGA